AGAAAAAAGCCCUGUGGUAACGUUGGGGAGGAUCGUUAGAGACAGCCGGCCAUCCAUCCUUCUUCCAUCCAUCCAUCGCCGCCGGGUGGUGCGAUGCAAUCCUUUUAAGUCAGUCGACGAGCGGAAGACAAGAGAAUCCAUAUUCUGCAAUCCUUUCGACCUGAUAAACGAGCGGCCGAUUCAGUCAUUAAGAGAUCGAAAAGAGAAAAAAAAAGGGUCGUCGUCGCGAAGAUGAAGAAGGAGAAAAAAGAAUAAAACGAAGACGCGUGUAGAUCAACCCCUGCGUGGGAUCCUGUGCGCUGGCGCAAGCGCCGAGCCAACAGUUGGGAGCAUCCAACAAACACGCACGUACAUACACACCACAGAUGAGAACGGCACGAACGGAGUAUUACUCAGGUCACUUUGAGCCAUUGCCCGGUUAUUUAGUGAGCGCUGCCAAAAGAGAAAGAACCAGAUCGAGUUGACGACAUUCAUCCGUGCGGAUCGAGCAUUAGGUUCACGCUCGACAGCCGAAGAGAUCAACUGGUGACGACGUCUAACACAUUCAAUUCAAUUGCUGAUUCUUGGAGUGUUUUCAGUGAGCUGCUGAGCCCCAUAUCAAGAUUCGCAACGGACCACUGCGUUGGUUUUCAUCUUUUACCGUUGUCUUUUCCUGCCAGACGAACAACAGUUGCGUGGAAAUCGGAUGAAACGUAUUGAACCACUUGGGGAGAAUGUCCAUCGAUUCAGGGAAGUGAAUCGGAAACAAACAUCGUCAACGACAUCCCGAUUCAAUUUAGAAUUAUAAAAAAGAUCGGUUUACAAAAGCACCAAAGAGGAAAAACAAGUGUGGCAAUCAAAUUCAUCGGUGCUGUGAACCAUGGCUAACGUAGCCCAACUCAUCCGUCGACAGAGUAGCCGUGAGCUGCUCCGAGUGCCCCUCGAUCGCCUAGAACUCCGUGAAUUGCAGCACCGAUUGUUGCCAACUCCUAGCGAUCAAGCGAAUGCUGGUCCGGCGCUCUACGGAACGACUAAUGCCGCCUUCGUGGAAGACGGCGGCGCCCCUUCAUCGUCGUCACCAUCCAUCAUCCAGCAGCAGCAUUUAAACUUGGGGUCGAGCGGUGCAUCUAAUACUGCGUCAUCAACCGCCCGCAAUCGUUUGACAAGUCUGGAUCGGAUCGACGAGAAGGAAGAACACAUCAACGGUGUCACCGGAGGAACUGCCGGUAUAAUAACAUCGUCGGAUGAUAAUAAAGGGGUGGACGUAGAAGGUGCAGCAAUUGUUGGUCAGACGCCAUCCGGAGCCGAUCCCUCUUCCGGCGACGAGCGUGAGAAUUGGGACAGCAAACUCUCGUUUCUUCUAGCCACUAUUGGCUAUGCUGUCGGUCUUGGCAAUGUCUGGAGGUUCCCUUAUUUGGCCCAGAAAAAUGGUGGAGGUGCUUUCCUCAUACCUUAUGCCAUCAUGCUGGCCGUGGAAGGACUGCCGAUCGUAUUUCUAGAGCUAGCUAUCGGCCAGCGUCUUCGCAAAGGAGCCAUCGGAGUCUGGGCUCAGAUUUCUCCUUACCUGGGUGGCAUUGGCAUAGCAUCCACCGUCGUCUCUUUCAACGUGGCCCUUUACUACAACACAAUUAUCGCUUGGUGUCUCUACUACCUCUUCCAGAGUUUCCAGUACCCGUUGCCGUGGUCCGAAUGCCCCAAAGAAUAUUUUGAGAACGGAUCGUACGCAAUCAACAUGGAAUGCAAACAGAGCAGCCCGACGCAGUACUUUUGGUACAGGGAGACUCUAGACAUAUCGCCUGAUAUCAACACACCACAGAGUUUCAACUGGAAAAUUACCCUGUGCCUGUUUAUCGCCUGGCUAAUGGCUUACCUAUGCAUGGCCAAAGGGAUUGCCUCUUCCGGAAAAGUCGUUUACAUUACGGCCACAUUCCCCUACAUUGUUUUGAUCAUCUUUUUCGUUCGAGGAAUGACGCUGCACGGAAUGGCUGACGGAUUGGCUCACUUAUUCACUCCAAAGUGGGAAAAGUUAGCCGAUCCCGUCGUCUGGCUUGAAGCUGGGACGCAGAUUUUCUUUUCUCUCGGCCUGGCGUUUGGCGGAUUGAUCGCAUUCUCGUCGUACAAUCCAGUCAGUAACCAUUGCUACCGCGACGCCAUCCUCGUUUCCCUCACCAACUUUUUCACUUCCAUGUUUGCGGCAGUCGUCAUCUUUUCCGUGAUUGGAUUCAAAGCGAGAAUGACGUACGAGAACUGUUUAGAGACUCGAAAUCAAACCCUGGGCCGGCUCUUCGAUACCACCGUCAUCGGAGUAAGCGAUUUGGCCGGCGACACCAUGGGGUCGGACGGGCGACAUCUCAGCGCCGUACUGCAAGAACUACCCGUCUGCGAUCUCCAGCAAGAGCUCGACAAUACGGCAUCGGGUACCGGCUUGGCUUUCAUCAUUUGCACAGAGGCUGUCAAUCAAUUUCCAUUGGCCCCUCUAUGGUCCGUCCUGUUUUUCUUGAUGCUGCUCACCCUGGGUAUCGAUUCCCAAUUCGGCACACUCGAGGGCGUCAUCACGUCCAUUGUGGACCUCAAGAUUUUCCCACGUGUGCGUAAGGAGAUACUCACAGCUACCUUGUGCGGUUUCUGUUGCGUCCUCUCCAUCAUUUUCACCCACGGCGCCGGCAAUUACAUAUUCACGCUGUUCGACGAUUUCAGCGGAAAUGUCCCUUUGCUCAUUAUCGCAUUCUUCGAGUGUAUUGCCGUUUCCUAUUUCUACGGUCUUGAUCGAUUUGCUAACGACAUCGAACUGAUGACCGGCUCCCGCCCCGGUAUUUACUGGAUGAUUUGCUGGAAAUAUCUCUCUCCUUUGACCAUGUUGAUCAUCGUCAUUGCAAGUUUUGCCAAAAUCAUUGUCGAAGGCAGCGGAUAUCUGGCGUGGGUGGCCGAGGCAGGAACCACUCGUCACUUGGAUUGGCCACCAUGGGCUCAGGUGCUCAUUGCUGUCCUCGUUUUGGUAUCUGCCCUUUGGAUUCCGGGCAUUGCCAUCGCCAGAAUGUUUGGAUGUCAACCACUAGCUGAUGAACCGCCGGCCUGGUUUCCGGCCGACGAGCUACGUGAAUUCCGCAAAUUGACGGACGUUCACCAUCAACCAUCGACCAUGGAGAAAUUGCUGUUUUGCAUCCACGACGACGGCACCGAAGGCUUGUGUUUUCCGACGUCAUCGUCCGCGCAGUCGAAAGCUAACAGCCCGUGACAAAAAUCCAAUGAAUGUAAAUCACUUCCGUUCCAUCAUCUCCGGUCGUUUUUUUUUCUUUCUUUUUAACAUUUCCCCCCCAAUCUUAACCCCAUGUCUCUUUGUCUGCUUCCUCUUCUAAAAAUGAGCUCCUCGAAUUCAGGCUGCUGAAAACGAAAUCGAAUGGCUGUCUUCAAUUCUUUCUUGUAAACAAAAAAAUCGAUGCCCCAUUGUUUUUCAGCGGGCGGAAUCCGGUCCUACGUUAUAUUAUCGCGUGUGCGCAAGCAAGUGAAGCGUUAAGUCAUUUAUAGCUGACAUCGCCAUCUGCAUUCACACCGUGUACAUACAGCACGAAGAUCGUGCUGUUGUCAUCUAAAGGCAAAUAAUGAACAAAGGACUAGAUUAAUGUUCUGGAAAGGCUUUUCCUUCUUCCUUUUUCUCUCCAGCAAUUUUCUAGUGGAUCGAUUCACCAACUUCAUUUCUAUUACUUUAGUACCUCUUAUCUUUUCUUAUGAUUCAUUCGCUCACCGGUGACUGCCCAAUGUAACUAACUCGGUUAACUCGGUGCAAUUAAUUAGACAUUGAUCGACCGUCGGUCCUUUACCGCUCGCUUAGCAACGUCGAGAGAAAACGCCACGGUCCCGGAGUCGACGUGUCGGCAAUUAUUUCCUUUCCCCUAAGAACGUUGAAAGAAACGAGAAAGAAUGAGCUGUUGCUGUUGCUGUGAUGUGUCUCUCUUUCAUAAUACUCUCCUUCGCUAUUAUAGGAGGAUCUGUCGUUGGCGAUCUCUUUUUUUUUUGUAACUCAGUGUGUGCAGUGUGUGUUCUAUCAUUUGUUAGCUGGCGAUCGACCAUUAACAUUAAGUUGACGCAUCCUAACAACGGUUUAACUUAUACUUGGUUGAUACUACUAGCUCUUUGUUUUCCAUCUUUGUCUUUCCGACUCGUGUUAUAUUCUACUCUUAGACCAAUCAUUUCAAUUGUCCUAUUAUCAACAUUCAAUGCGAAAUCGAUAAUUCCGCACAAAAAGCAGAAUCUCCUAAAUUUUCCUUUUGACCUUGUUGGCGGGUUUCAUCCAGCUCCGAAAAAUCGAAGCAAAUGAAAUACAAUUUAUGGUAGUAUUAAACAAGUUUAAUGCCUUUUGGUUCAUGUUGUGGUUUCGCUGAUGGUGAAUUUGUUGAGGUUUUUUUUACGGGUCUUUGGCUUCUGUGCAAGAUGCUCUUUCACUGUAUCAUAAACUCGCAUCUAUUUAUUAUUCCAUUUCAGUAGUUCCAUCCAUGGGAUGGGAGUUGACUCUCGGGUGCAGUCUCCAUAAUACCCUUAAUAUCCUAUCAAAUCUAGUACAUAGCCUACAUGAUGGACGAUGUCUCUAUUCGUUGUAAUAAAUAGCCGAUAAAUAGUUGUCUCGUGGUAUUCGGGUCGAUAUUGUAAGCUUCCUUGUGGCGCAAGUUCCCGCACGCUAAAUUACGUUUAUAUCCACUGUGUAGUUACUUCACUGGUCGAAAUUCCUAACGUAUUUCAAAGUUCACUUCUUAAUAGUCUCUCUCUUAGUUUGGCCACCACUCUCGUAGUCCAUUGCUCAUAGACCUUCUGACCUGUCGAAUCGCAACUAGAAUCAACUCCUGGCGGGAGCAAUAUAAUACCAUUGAUAUAA